GCAUCAUUUAGUUCCGUCAACUGAAGAAGUUAACGUCACUGAGUUGGAAAUGGCCCGUACUAAGCAAACUGCUCGUAAAUCGACUGGUGGAAAGGCACCAAGAAAACAACUUGCAACCAAGGCUGCAAGAAAGAGUGCACCCGCAACUGGUGGAGUGAAGAAACCCCACAGAUACAGACCCGGUACUGUAGCUUUGAGAGAAAUCCGUCGUUACCAGAAAUCUACUGAGUUGCUCAUCAGAAAACUCCCCUUCCAACGUUUGGUCCGUGAAAUCGCUCAAGACUUUAAAACUGAUCUUCGUUUCCAGAGCUCUGCUGUUAUGGCUCUUCAAGAAGCCAGUGAAGCUUACUUAGUUGGUCUUUUUGAAGAUACCAACUUGUGCGCUAUCCACGCCAAGCGUGUCACCAUCAUGCCUAAAGACAUCCAAUUGGCAAGAAGAAUCCGUGGUGAACGUGCCUAA